CAACGUUCAGCAUCGUACUAUCAGUGCAAUGAAGAGCGGCAAUGGCAAAGGCCCAGUGCCACCACUUAUCAUCAUUAUAGCCAGUACUGUCGUUACGCCACACUGAGACAACUUGAAUGUUGCAUGGGACACGUUGCAUCCAUGCAUUGCAGGGAUUUUCAUAUCUGGCGCCUGGACCGCAUCGACGUCUGUUCUAACAAUCCGGGGGAUAAUAUUACUGGUACAUGAAAAACGCCGAACACGCUGCACGUCAAGAUUCUCCUUGCGCCACUGGAUUUCGUCCGCAGUCGAAUCAUCUUUGCGAUGUCGUCGUUUCCCGGUAGAGGACUACCUAGUAUUUUACACACUCCAAGUCAGAGCGCAGCUUCGCAUCAUACAGAAACAUGCAACGUUCUCAUCUUUGGAGAAACGGGCGCUGGUAAAAGCUCUUUGGUCAAUUUGGUCGCCGGGACGCAAACGGCGCCGACAUCCUGCGACGCUACGGGAUGUACAACCGAAUCCAAUGCGUACGAUGCCUUAAUCCAGAAUGAGACCCUAAAGUUGAAAGUGAAACUUUUCGAUACAGUCGGUCUCGGUGAGGGCCCUGAAGGAACAGUCCCCGAUAAGGAUGCUCGGCGGAUUCUGAAGAAGCUCCUUCGAGAUCUUAUGAAGCAGCAAACCGACAUUCAUCUCCUCAUGUACUGUGUGCGGGGUGUGAGAGUGACGAAGGCGCUCUGCCGCAACUACAAUUUAAUCCACUCUGAAGUGAAGGAGAGAGUUCCAAUCGUCCUUGUCGCCACAAGUUUAGAAGACAAAAGACCAGAAAUGGAAGAAUGGUGGAGGGAUAACGAGCGAUCCAUCUCAAACUUUGGGAUGACCUUUGCUGGUCACGCAUGUGUCACCACAGCGACUAUUGACAGAUAUGCAGGGGACGAGCUCAAGCGGCGCCGAACACAAUCAUACCACGCCGUCUGUCAACUUAUCAAACAUAGGAACAAGCAUACGAUUAUGGUGCUCUUUUGGCAGACUGAAGCAAACAAAAGCUCACUCGUCAACAUUUUGGCGAGAGAGAAGGUAGCGCGCCCAGCUCCUGAUAUGCGACGCCAUCUGCUGCAGUGCACAGAGGCCUUUGACGAGACUUCUCGUCAAAGUAUCGUGCUCUUUGGGGAUACAGGAGCAGGCAAAAGCUCACUCAUCAACCUCAUGGCGGGAAAGAAGGUGGCGCGUACAUCUCCUGACAUGCAACGCUGUACGAUGCACUGGCAAGAGUAUGACAUUGGCUUCGGCGACACAUCUUACAAAGUCUAUGAUACAAUUGGACUCGAGGCACCGCAACUAGGAAUCAAGGAGUACCUCGAGUUGGUCGAGAAUGCCUAUCAGCUUAUCGAACGAUUGGAUAAACAAGGUGGCAUUGAUCUGCUUUUAUUCUGCGUUCGCGCCGGCAGAGUCACUGCUACGCUGCAGAACAAUUACAGGCUCUUUCACGAAUUCCUCUGCGAGAAGAAGAUUCCCAUUGUUCUUGCGAUCACGAACCUUGAAAGAGAGAAUAGGAUGGAGGACUGGUGGGAGAGAAACGGAGGUACCUUCGACAAGUAUCAGAUAAAGGUCGCUGGACAUGCGUGCAUCACCACCGCCGAUGGACUGGAUGGCAGACACAAAGACCUUUAUGAAGAAUCGCGCGUCACGAUCUGUGACCUGAUUGACAAAUUUACUGCAAACGAGCAGAAGCAAACAUGGUCAGGAGGGGAUAAUCUGUUCGUGUCGUUGACGAGUAAACUGAAGAAGUUGUUGAAGGGGAGUUUGCAUGUGAGAAGGAAGGAUAUUGUCCCUCAUCUCACUAAGGGUUGUGGUAUUUCUCGGGAAGUCGCAAAACAGUUGGCUAAUAUGAUCAAAGCUACUUGACUUUACCCUUCCCUUUGUCGUUAAUAUAUGGAUUGAUAUUACGUAUUCCAGUACAACGCUUUCACAAAGAACGCCACACGCACAGUCACUGGGGC